GCAAAACUUUUCUUUAUGCUGGAGGAUGACGCCGUCUUUUUCACUUAUUUCACUGCUGCUACUGGCAACUUUGCUGCUGAAGGGGCUCCGGGUCAGCGGCUCCCCAGCCUGCGCGUCCUGUGGCUUACCGGCAAUGGAGAAAGACGCAGAAGAGAAGAUGAUGAUAGAGUUCGCCAAACAGCAACUUUUGGAAAAGCUCCACCUGAAAGAGAGACCGAACAUCACUCAGACGGUGCCAAAAGUGGCGCUUCUAACUGCGCUGCGCAAGCUGCACUCGGGACGCGUCAGACAGGAUGGUACCCUUGAACUAGAAAACAGUUUACCUACCAAAGAUCAAGGCUAUGAAAUAGUGAGCUUUGCAGAUAUAAAUGAUUCAGACAGCGGUGACAAGGCCAGCCUUAGCCUUACCUUUCAGUUUCUGCAGGAACGGGGCAAGAGCAUCCAGGUCCUUCAGUCCUCUCUGUGGAUUUAUGCCAAAUCGUCUGAAGAUCCUCACCGGAGCUCCCGCCUCCUUGCCCAGCUCUUCCUCUCAGCAGAUGAAGAGACUUCAGGCUCUAAUCGCACCCUGGUGAUAGAAAAGAUGCUGGAGGUUAAGGAGAACAACUGGCAUACCUUCCCCAUCACCCACACGCUGCAGACCUUUCUGGACGGAGGUCAGCGGCGACUCCGGCUUGAGGUCAGCUGCGAAGAGGGUGAAAGGAACCUUUGCUCCUUUAAUAGCUCGACUGACAAAGCAAACCAGCCCUUCAUGGUGGCCCAGGUGCGUCUGAAUGAUGACCACUCCAAGCACUUAAUCAGAAAGCGAUCACUGCGCUGCGGAGAUGAGGUGACGGUGUGCUGCAAGAAAGACUUCUACAUCAAGUUUAAAGAUAUCCAGUGGGAUGAGUGGAUCAUUGCACCUGAAGGCUACCACAUGAACUACUGCAUGGGUCAGUGCCCCCAGCAUCUAGCCGGCUCCCCGGGCAUAGCAUCCUCAUUUCAUGCUACGGUCUUCAGCCAGCUUAAAGUCAAUGGCAUCAACACAGCCACAGCUUCAUGCUGCAUCCCCACCGAGCGCCGGCCUCUGUCCAUGGUCUACUUCAACUCUCAGCACAGCAUCGUCAAAACAGACGUCCCCGACAUGAUAGUUGAGUCCUGCGGAUGCACAUAAGCAAUACCAUUAGAGGCAAUCUGAAAUAAGCAGAUAUUAAAGACUGAAAAAUUAAAGGGGGAUGUUUGCUUUGGACAGCCUACAGUAGUAGGAGAUUUUCACACGUGGCUAAAAUAGAACACGAUAAAUAUAACCAAAGACACUGAAUGCCUAUAUUGUAACGUUUCCGUGUACUUUUUAAAACUGAAUCGCUGUGUAUAAAUUAUGGUAUUAUUAGUAAUUGUUCUAGAGAUUUUAAAAAACAAAAUGCUUUGUCAAAGGGUUUACAGAAAAGUUUUUAGUUUUUUUUUUUUUUAAAUACAAAUAAAAAAAGAUUUAUAUUUGCAGAAUUGGAAUAUUGUUUUAAAGUUAGAUAGAACAACAAUAAAUAGUACUUCAGAGACAUUGAUUGGGUAAAACAAAUCAGAUUGAUUUAAAAUGUUCUUUUUUGUUGUUGUUUUGUUUAAUAGACUCAGUAAAUUAUCUUUUUUUUAUCUGUUGCCUGCAGUAAAAAAAAAAAGAAGAAAAAUGGAAAUCUACAAUAUAAUUUCCAAAAAUUGAGGCAGGGGCAUGUAAUACAAUUUUUAUUUUUAUCUCUGCACCAUUUCAUUUUUAUUUUUUUCUUAUUUAGUUGUUUGUUUUGUUUUUGUUUAUGUGCUUUAUGUUUUUUUUUUUCUAUUUACUGCUUUUCAGGCCUGGAUUGUAGGCCGACUAGUUAAGAUACCACAUUCCUUUAGAAAUCUUUAUUUUAUUGCUUAUGUCUUCAACUCCUUGCAUCCUCUUAGGGUGUGAAGAGACAGCUAGCUAUUUGGUUGUGUUCUUUAUAUUCAAGCACUGAUGGCAAAAUAUGUUCACUUUUUUUCUAAAUGCAUAUUGAAGUCUUGCAGGGAUUUUGAACACAUUUAAGACAAUUUCAAGGAUCUCUCUGUAGAUUUAUGAAAUGUGAAAUCCCACCAUUGAAAAGACUAAAUCAAAAAUAUGCUUUACAUUUGUAUGCAUAGAUAUCUAGAUACAUACAUAGAUGUAGAGGUGACUGUGGGCAGCCAGUCGCAACAUGCAUUUGAAAUAUGUUUGAACAACAAUUUCACUGUAUUCUUUACACAAGUUUCUAAUGAGCUGGGUGGCUUCGACAGUUUAUGAACCCAUGGUCAUUUCUCAGCAGCAUGAGCAAACAUUUAGCUAUUGCCUCAGUGUCUGCUCAUGUGAAGGUCUGUGAGGCAGGUGGGUCAAUGAGCAUGUGCUGAUGCACGUUGGCAAUUAUAGCCUUCAAAGUCUAAAGUUUUCAGGGCUGAUGUAAAUUUAGUAUCUUUCCAGUAAUAGAUAAUAAAGCUGUCUCUGUUUGCUAGAACAUCUUAUUAGCUCUAGAAUCCCCUCUUUUGAUAUUAGCAUUGUUUUUUUGGUUAUUGAACCAGAAUAGUCAUAUUUGGAAAAUGUAUGGUGUGAUGUUUAAAAUUAUUAACAACCUCAAUGGGAAUAGUUUAAUUUCAAGCACGGUGGUGGUCAAAUUGCUUGUUAUGGUAUAUGAGCACACAUUUUCAUUUAUUGUUCAUUCAUCGUUUGCCUUAUUUUGCAAUUUUCAAAUGGGUAAGUGAGAGG